AGCCCGAACCGAGCAGAGAAACCACUUUUCCCCUUCGUCCUCCUCCCCCCUUCCGCUCCCAGCUAGGGUUUUGCCUGCCCGCCCGCCUGCCGUCAGCGACGCCCGGCGCAGCCAGCGCGAUGGAGCCCACCUCGUCGUCGGCGGUGGCGAGGCAGACGUGGGAGCUGGAGAACAACAUCCCGGCGGCCGCCUCCGACCCGGACGCCAUGGACGCGAUCUACCGCUACGACGAGGCGGCCAACGCGCGGGCCCACCAGGAGAAGCCCUGGGCCACCGACCCGCACCACUUCCGCCGCGCCAGGAUCUCCGCCCUCGCGCUCCUCAAGAUGGUCGUCCACGCCCGCGCCGGCGGCACCAUCGAGAUCAUGGGCCUCAUGCAGGGCAAGUUCGAGGGCGACUCCAUCAUCGUCAUGGACGCCUUCGCCCUCCCCGUCGAGGGCACCGAGACCCGGGUCAACGCCCAGGCCGACGCCUACGAGUACAUGGUCGAGUACUCCACCAUCAACAAGCAGGCUGGAAGGUUGGAAAAUGUGGUUGGCUGGUACCACUCACAUCCUGGUUAUGGAUGCUGGCUCUCAGGCAUUGAUGUUUCAACUCAGAUGCUUAAUCAGCAGUUUCAAGAACCAUGGUUGGCUGUUGUGAUAGACCCUACAAGGACUGUUUCUGCUGGUAAAGUGGACAUUGGAGCUUUUAGGACAUACCCAAAAGAUUACAAGCCACCGGAUGAGCCUGUGUCUGAGUAUCAGACCAUACCACUCAACAAGAUAGAAGAUUUUGGUGUUCACUGCAAACAGUACUAUUCUUUGGAUAUAACCUAUUUCAAGUCAUCCCUGGACUCUCACCUCCUUGAUCUACUCUGGAACAAGUACUGGGUCAACACAUUAUCUUCAUCACCACUUCUGGGCAACAGGGAUUAUAUUGCUGGACAAAUCUUUGAUUUAGCUGAUAAACUAGAGCAAGCUGAAGGGCAACUGGCACACAGUCGAUUUGGCAUGCUUAUGCCAUCACAGCGAAAGAAAGAGCAAGAGGAGUCGCCGCUGGCUAAGGUAACCCGGGAUAGCUCCAAAAUUACCGCUGAACAGGUUCAUGGUCUCAUGUCACAGGUCAUCAAGGACAUCCUCUUCAACUCUGUGCACCCGUCAAGCAAAAGCAAGGCAAGCGCAAGCGGAACCGCCCCAGAUUCACCAGUGCCUGAGCCCAUGGUCGAAGCAUGAGAGUUCCAGUGAAAGUUCCUUCACAUUUUGAUGCUGGAUUAACCUACACCGGGCUCGCAAGCCAUUUCAUCACUUUGAAUCGUGGCCAGCAUAGUUAUCUGAUUCGAACUUUCGUCGGCUGGGAGCCUCAUCAUCUGUCAAAUCAGAAUUGGCAUGUAAUUACGAGUUACCUUUUGCAUCUAGUGAUGCCACUGAGAGGUUGUGUUAUUUACAUUUAGGAGUUUGUUGAAGUCACCUUGGGUAAACUAUGCGGCUAUUAUGUUGGUGGAUGUUGAUUGCCUUUCUGAUUGGUGGGCACAAUCUAUCUAUGUUCAAGGUCUCUAUCAAACA